CUCACUGUUUUCUUGGGUAAUUAAACUAAUGGAGUAAUGGCCGUUGUAGACAGAGAACUUUGAAGUGAUUCGGCGUAAGCGUGCUCUUACUGCUGUAAAUAGCCGUAUUUUCAAGCAUUUGGUGACGUCUCAUUCUCCACUGGAAUAUUGUGAGGAAGAAACACAAAUUAUCAGGCUCUCAAGAGGCGUGUGGAACCUGUUUUGGGGUCUUUGCCGAAGUAGAAACUAACCUUGAUAAAGUCCGCUGCCACCAAGGAUAAGACAAUUUGUGGUGUUUGUUAAAGUAAACUGAAAAUGGAAGCGAUAGCAAAGCACGAUUUCAACGCAACGGCUGAUGAUGAACUGAGCUUUAGGAAAAACCAAAUUUUAAAGAUUCUCAACAUGGAGGAUGAUAUGAAUUGGUAUCGAGCUGAGUUGGAGGGAAAGGAAGGCCUCAUACCCAGCAAUUACAUAGAAAUGAAGAAUCACGACUGGUAUUAUGGUAGAAUAACUCGGGCAGAUGCAGAAAAGCUGUUGUUGAAUAAACAUGAGGGGGCUUUUCUAAUCCGAGUGAGUGAGAGUUCUCCUGGUGAUUUCUCCCUUUCUGUCAAGUGUUCUGAUGGAGUUCAGCAUUUUAAAGUCUUGAGAGAUGCUCAGGGAAAGUUUUUCUUGUGGGUCGUAAAAUUUAACUCUCUUAAUGAGCUUGUAGAAUAUCAUAGAACAGCAUCAGUAUCUCGUUCUCAAGAUGUUAAGCUGAGGGAUAUGGUUCCAGAAGAGUGUUUGGUCCAAGCAUUAUAUGAUUUCACUCCACAAGAGUCUGGUGAAUUGGAAUUCAGAAGAGGAGACGUUAUCACUGUAACAGACCGUACUGACCAGCACUGGUGGCAUGGUGAAAUUGGUGCUCGCAAAGGACUCUUUCCAUCCACCUAUGUGACUGCCUAUCAUUCAUAGACUGCUUAAACUUUGCUCAUUCUGGUCCAUCCAACUGUGCAGUCUUUUGUAAGACCUGCCAAUAUUUGUUUUAAUGUGCCUACAGCUCAGUAUGAUCAAACUUCAGUUCUGUAUUUCCUAUCCCCUGAUUCAUUGGUAUGAAUAACUUAUUUCAAGUUCUGCAAAGUUCAUACUUUCCAUUUGGUGUCCUUUGAAAGUGAACUUGCACAAUGUUCUGAAUUGGUGCUCUUAUCACAUGGGAGGUUUGUCGCAACCUUAUACAUAGGGUUAAUUUGCCUUGUUCUUCAAGUUGUGUUUGAUGUUACAAUCCAACUUUUGUUCUCUUUAGCUUUUUUUUUUGUUUGCUCUUGAACAGCUACGUAGUAUUAUGCAUCAUUAUUUUGAAUUUUGGAACUCUCUGAAGCAUCUUUGCUUCAAUUCUGAAAUACGUUUGGUUUUAUUAUCCAUUUUUCUGUCCGUUAUAUUAAUUUUAGGUACAAGGAACUGUUUUGAUUGGUUUUCUUCCAUGUUAAUAUUUGUAGUUUUAUUGUUAUCUAAGAACACUUUGCACUUAAUUCACAUUGCUCUGCAUUCAAGAGGUUCAAAGCCUUAAAUUAUUAUGGGGAAUUCCAGAACUUGUAAAGUAAAGUUUGCUUGCUGGAUAAAAUAAUGCAUUUUAUGUAUGUGUUAUGUACAUUUGCCUGAUAUUUCAGCCAACAUAGACAUGUGUAUGUAAGUGAUGUUGUUAUGUUGCUUGCUUCUCUAUAAAGAAAAAUUCUCAUGCAACCUUGUAUUUACAAGUCUUUGGUUUUUGACAAUUUGUUAAGAAAUGCUGGGCUCUUUUCAGAAUGUGUGUUGUAGGGGGCACCUUUGAACUGUUCCCUUGAAAUUAUGUUUAUGAUAGCUCCUUCGCUGUCACCUUGACACGGUUUAAUUAGCCUAGUUGUGCCUUAUAAAGGAGCCUUAUAAUAAAUUUGUUAGCUUUGGCUAUUGUGCUCAUUAAGUAAUGUAAUGUAGACAAUCUAAUGUCUGAUCUUGACAGUAUUACACACACACACACACUCAGAAUGAGAUUUCUUUAAUUUGGAUCAACUUAAUGCUUCACAUUGAUGACAAUGUGUUUAUUUUUAAUUGUGCAUUUUUGUUUUAAAAACUAUUGUUAUUUCUUACCAUAGCUCUUGCCUCUUUGCCAUUUUAACAUGAACUGGAACCAAUUGGAAUGUCAAUGGGGUGACCUAAUAUUAAAUAUUGAUAUUAGGAGGGAUAUCAUUUGGGGAUUUGGUAUUUGUAUUUGACUUUUACUCCCUGUCUGCUUUUCAAUCCAGCUCCCUCAUUUGAUUCUGGAACUAAGUAGAUAUAUGUGUGUGAUAAAGUGUUGCCAUGGUUUUGUAAUUUAGGCUAUUCAACACAGUUGGUUUUUGUCAUUGAGUAGGAGCAAAUGUUCUAAUUUAAAUGCUUUUAAUUCUAUUGUAGCUUACUGUGUUUGUGUAAAGCUUUGCCUGUUCUCUUGAAUUGCAUUUCACAACUAAAUUAAUUAAAAUGGUCCUUAUCAAAUCAUUUUAGUUCUGGGGAGAAACCAUGGAGAAACAUAUGCCACUAGACUGCACCUGUGGUAAACCUGUACUAUUGUGAUACACUCAUAUCUGAGUCAGUGGUGCCAUUGUAUUGUAAUUGAAUUGAACAUUAUUUUUCUUUUUUUUUGUCAGUAACAAUUCCGAUGCAGUAUGCAUUUGUAAACCAUUCACUUACCUAUCUAAUAUCUAUCUCCCUCUCCCUUUCUCUCUUAAUAUUGUUUUGAUUUUCUUUUAUUUCCUGAGAUAUUGUGCUUUACUUUUGAAACCAUGCAAAGUUGAGUAUAAGGCUGAAGUUGAGUGUUGAUUUUUUUUCUGCUCCCACUGAAAUAUUUAUGAGUGAGGCUUUGAUUAACAGCUUAUAAUGAAGCUAUGUUACUUUUGUGUUGUCUUAUCAUUGAUAAGCUGUUUUUCUAGAGUGUACAUUUAUGAGUUGGUUUGCUAUCUACCACAUCUCUGUAAAUAUUAGAAUUCCCAAAAUAUAAGUUUUGGUAAGAUGUGAUGCCAGGAGUGACACCAUUGGUGCGACGUCAUUGAUGUUUUGUUACAGCAAGUUGUUAGGGUAUGGAAAUAUAUAUAUAUAUAUUUAUAUGUAAGCAUAUUGUUCCAUUGUAUUUUAUUUGCUCCCUUAAUAUGUUUUUCUUUUUUUUUUAAAGAGAAUUGUGGUGCAGACACAUGUUAUCACCGUGAUAUCCGCAUUCUGUUGCAAUUGUUGAUAUUGGUUCAUUGGAAAUGUCUUAGAUUCUAAAUUUGAACUUCAGAUUGUGAAUAAAAAUUCUUCGGCAAGAUUCUGGCAUUUGGUCAAUCAUUUUCAGGAAAGCAUUAAUUGUGUUUCCAAUUUCAUUUUAUAUGAUUUAUUUUGCUGUUGUGAGUAUAAUAUUUUAACUUUUCAGACUUAGUAUAAUAUUUUUCUAUGGUUGCAAGGAUUGAUCAUAAGAUAAGUUCAGAAGAUAUUUUACAAAAGGAUAGUAAGUUUAUUGAUUAUUAAAAUUUUUAAUCAACCUGCAAGUUAUUUACGUUUAGCUUUAUCUUCAUACUAUUUAUGAUAUUAUUGUAACUAACAGUUUAAAGGUUCAGUCAUAAGGUAUCCACAUGAGCUUGUGUGUCUUCCCCUAAACCUUGCUUUCCUGCAUCUCCCGUCCCAUAGCUUGACUCUUAAUUGAGUCCCGUUCCUUUGUGCUUCUUUGUGCGUGAAAAGACUGUUUUGUUGAGAUUCUAUUUCAGCAUUGUAUUUUGUCAGAACCAUUCAUCCUAGCUGCAAAGUUCUGAAAUGGGUGGCGCCUUGUUUCACACCAAGGGGAGUCUGCAUUGUAAGAAUCUCUUUGAAAUCUGAAUUUAUUAGCCUUUGUCCUUUGUGAAUAAAGCUAUUGAAAACUUGC